AUGCUCAGCCUUCUCUUAAAAAUUUAUAAAUCAUCUGAUCUUAUAUCUAUUGGAAUAGAGGCGACUGUUCUUUCUGGUCCUUUCGGAUCUGGUCGCACCUUCUAUGCCUGCGACCGUGUGACAUGCAGACGUUUCCUAGUGGACGCCGGAGCCCAAAUCAGCGUUAUCCUUCUCACUCCAUCCGACCGUCGUUUCCGCACCCCUGGUGUUCAUCUCCAAGCUGUCAACUCUCCCUCCAUUUCCACUUUUGUCAACAUCUCCCUCACCGUAGACACUGGUCGUCGGUCGCUCUCCUGGAUUUCUGUGAUUACCGAUGUACCCCGUGUUAUCCUCGACUUGGACUUUCCAGCCGAUUUCGAUCUCCUUGUUAACUGCCGACGAUGUCGACUCUUCGACCUCACAAUUGGUCUGUCUUUUCUCUGA